AUGUCCAGCCCUCCACCGAGUUCUUCCCACCCGCCGCCGCCGCACUCCGACGUCCCCGCCGUUCUCUCCCCGGCGGAGAUCACCGCAGCCCUCCGCGAUCUCACCACUGCUGUCCAGGAGAUCCGCCUCUUCCUGGCCGGUCCCUACGGGCCGCUGCUGCCGGCGGCGCUGCUGUCGUGGCAGCCGACGCACCAAGCGGCCUCCGCCGCGAUCGCCGGGCCGCUGCUGCUGUCGUCGCCGCCACCCGACGCCGGGCUGCUGCAGUCCCCGCUGCCGCUAUCCACCAUCUCCGGGCCGAGCCCUACCUCGGCGCCGGGGGUCCCUCUUCUCCAGCAGCCGGCCGCCUUCUUCCCCACCGGGACGCUACAGCAGCAACAGCUGCUGCCGCCGCCACCAACGCCACCACUGCAGCUGCUGUCCUCACCGACGCUAUCCCUGCCGUUCGGUGGGAAGCUGCAACAACAGCAGCAGUUGCCGUCGCGACCAACACCGCAGCAGCGGCUGCUGCCGCCACCGACGCCGUCCCUGCCUUUCGGCGGUGUGGGAGCGACCUUGGCCCUAGGCUCUACAUCGACACCGCCCGGGAUGCCCUUCCACCAGGUUUGUUUCCCUCCGUCGCCAUCACCGCUUCCGGCUUGGAUCGCUCUCCGCCACGUGUCGGCGGCGGUGAGGCUGCAGGCUGCUGCGCGCGGCCUCCUAGUGCGUCGGCGUGUGCGGGAGAUGCGUGAUCUGCAGCUGUAG